AUGACAAAAGAAAUAAGGUUUUGGUACCGAGAAUUUGACCCUGGCCGUAGACGUGACCUUGUUAAAAUGACAGAAAAUAAACCAGUUAUUAAAAAUGUUGAUAUGACACAGGAGAUGCAAGAUGAAGUUGUUGAGUGUGCAAAUCAAGCAUUGGAAAA